CCCGCUUUCCUUCUUUCCUCCCUCUCCGCCCGAAAGUUUUCCCCCAAGUCGCUGUCUCUGUCUCCAGUCUUCUCUCCGCUUUAACUCCCCUUUCCUCUCUUGGAACUUUGGACAAAUCCUUGGAUUGAAUACAUCCUCUUUUUGCUCGUCAUGCACAUGUCCUCGUUCGCGGAUUUCCUUUAUACUCUCUGGAUUCUGGCCUCGUUCCAUGAGAGUGCGCGUGGGCUUGUAGUAGAGUUUGGGAGGCAUUAGAGCGGUUGGUUUUCGUUCUAGUCGUGGAUCUUUUUGAGGUGGGGUUUAGGGAUCUCGGGCGGGGACGGUGGCUGCGAUUCCGGGCGCCGGGGUGUCGUAUUUUGAUGGCAAUGCGCGAGAGAUGGGGAGAAUUUUCGUGGAAGCAUGGCCUGCUUCGAGUUUUUAAUGCUGUCGAGCGUUGAGGUUGGGUUCCUGGUGAGAUUGGGUUGGGCGGCCUAGGGGAAGGUAUGGCGUUUUCUGGGGCAUGUUAUAUAGCUCCCGACUUUGGAAAGUUUCAAUUUUUAGAAUUGCUUCUCAAUUAUUUCUGACAGACUGUUCUGGUGUUAGAUUCAUUGUUUUGACAGGAAAAAAAAUAAUUUUGACAGCCUGAAAGAGAUCUUUUCGAGGUUCACCGUCCUUUGUUUAUAUAUCAAGGGUGUAGCUAGGGCAGUUGAAUCAGGGCGGCUUCUUUUUGGCUGUUGGUCGGUGGUGCUCUUUUAAUGCUUGCUUGAAAGGUAGUGCUUUUGGUUCUGCAAUGGGAUCCAACGCUUCUUUCUAGCUCUCUCUGAUUGAUGGCAGGUUUUCUUGGACCACUUUUUCAUACAAAUACUUGACUGAGUGGGUGUUGAGAGGACUUGGUGGAAUUUGAAAGGUUGGGAAGUUGGAUUGGUAGAUGGGUCUCUGGGUCCUUGGUCACGAGAUAUAGGCUCCUACUCACGGGAGAAGUGUUGGGUACUGUUCACAUCCUCAACUGUUUGACAAUGACUGUUGUGUGAGCACUAGAGCCUUCUUCUUUUGUGUGUUUCUGGGGAGUAGUUUUGUGAAUUUUGGGGAUUCUGUUGAAGAGAGGAAGCAGAAGAUCAGUGCUACUCCACAUUACAUUUCCGAUAUGGGUCAUUCAGAAACCGUUUGGGAUCAGAGAUCAGAGAUGGUAUUUACAAAGGACUUGAAUGGAAUCGAUCAUGUUACACUUAAAGCACCACGAGGAGCUUCAGCUCGAGUAAGUUUGCAUGGGGGGCAGGUUGUUUCAUGGAAGAAUGAAAGGGGUGAAGAACUUUUGUUCACUAGCAGUAAGGCAAUCUUUAAGCCACCAAAAGCAAUGCGGGGAGGAAUUCCUAUAUGCUUCCCACAGUUUGGUAACCGUGGUUCACUAGAACAACAUGGAUUUGCAAGGAACAAGACAUGGAGCAUUGAUAACGAUCCUCCACCUUUGCACCCCAAUGUUAGCCAAGGCAAAAUUUCUGUUGACCUAGUGCUUAAACCAUCAGAAGAUGAUCUGAAAUGCUGGCCACACUGUUUUGAGCUUCGCCUUAGAGUAUCUCUUGCAAUGGAUGGAGACCUCACAAUAAUAUCACGUAUCAGAAAUGUUGAUGCGAAGCCAUUUAGCUUCUCAUUUGCUUAUCAUACAUAUUUCUCUGUUUCUGACAUCAGUGAGGUGAGGAUAGAAGGUUUGGAGACACUUGAUUAUCUGGACAAUCUUUGCCAACGAGAACGCUUUACAGAACAAGGAGAUGCCAUAACAUUUGAGUCUGAGGUUGAUCGAGUUUAUCUUGGCUCUCCAAAUGUAAUUGCGAUACUUGAUCAUGAAAAGAAACAGACUUUUGUUAUAAGAAAGGAAGGGUUGCCUGAUGUUGUUGUCUGGAAUCCAUGGGAGAAGAAAUCCAAAACCAUGGUUGAUUUUGGAGAUGAGGAGUACAAACAAAUGCUGUGUGUAGAUGGUGCUGCAGUCGAAAAACCAAUUACCUUGAAACCAGGUGAGGAAUGGACUGGGCGGCUGGAGCUCUCCGCUGUUCCUUCCACCUACUGCAGUGAAGACACAGACUAGCAUUAGAAGCAUGUGAAGACAGAGACUAGCACCAAUUAGCACGUUACUUUUUACCAUGUUCAGCAUGUCUCUGUGAUACAUCAAGAUAUUUAACAUGCAGGAAAUUUCAUGACAUGGCAAUAAAUGGAAACUAAUAUCUCAUGUUGGAAUGAUGUCAUCAAUUGUUUGUUUAUGAUCGAUAUAAUUGCUUGAACCUUA